UUUUGGUUAUCACUUGACGCUCAGCUGAUAAUGAAUCAUGUGAUCACCACAGUUUAAAGAUGGCGGUAACCGUAACAUUUGUUUCAAAAGUUUGUUCAGUUGUUCUCCUUUUUAUUGUUCUAUUGGAGACAACUUUUGCGUUAAGAACGAUACAAACUGAAUUAAAUCCUGGGUGUGAUGACACAAAGGAAGAUUGUGCAGGAGGUGUGGCUUACAUCAAAGCUAUCGGAGAUCAAAAUACAUUCCAUUAUAUACUCACAGCCAUCGGACCACCCACCGUCCUGGUCAUCAUGACUGAGAAAACAACAAAAGAUGCAGGAAUAAGCAUCAAUUGGGAGAACUUUAAAUCAGGCAAUAUCACAGAAAUGGAAAACUCAAUCAAACUAGAUCCAAGUUAUAAAGUAUUGUAUUCUUAUGGAGUUGUUUUUACAAGGUUAUUUCAAUACAACGACACAGGAGAUGUAGCAGAGCUAGGGAAAUUAAAUCUGAACAAAACAGCCUUUAAAGUGUUUGACUUCUCUAGAUCAAUGUUUGAAUGGUUCGACCUGAAAGCCAUCUCAUCAGAUUCUGCUAUUAAGUUGAGGGUUAAAAAUAGUUCAGCUAUAAUGGGACAGACAAUAAAUAAUGGCUCCUUAGAAUUUAAAUUUAUGUUUUUUGACCACAUGGAUAGGGCUACAGAUUUACCCCAUCUACAGUAUACUGAAGAUACCAGUCAGUUUGACUUUAAACUGAUGAAUAUUAAUACAGGGAACAUGUCACUAUCCAGAUUUGCUUUAGAAACUGUAUUGUUCAGCACAGACUCUGCAGAUAAAGAUAUGAAAUUUGAUGAGACCAAGUCUAUAGAUGAUGAAUACACACCUGGAGUGUUUACAAUAUCAAACUGGCUAACCAGACCAGAGAAAGAAGAACAGGGUGGUUUUCUUCAACAUAAACCAGUGUGUUAUACUAAAGCACAUCGUGAGCGAGCUGUUGGGACUUAUGUCAGAGGUUAUGGUCUGACCAAAGUGACAGACCUUCAGUAUUUAUUAAACCAAAGUGCAGUUCUAGCCUACUUUGGAAGUGCACAUAUGGCUAACUUGAGAAUAAGCUCUACAAACUUUUCAUUUGGUCUAAGUGAAGAUGGAACAUUUACAAAGAAUAAUUACACUGUUUGGACUGGUUCCCUAGGUUACGGGAAACCUCCAAUGGAUGCUGUAUCAUCUCUAGUGGUUGUUGUGAUAUCUGUUGGACUUGGUAUACCUGUUGUACUUAUUAUAUUUGGCGGCAUUUUUGUCUGUCUAAAGAAAAAAUCAGAUCCUCUUUUAGUUGAUGUUUCUAAAAGUGCUAUGUCUGUAAACUGAGUUCAAUUCUGUGAAGUGAUUAAAAAAAUACUCAUUUAAUAGUUUUACUGAAUGUUCUUUAUAAGUCUUAGAUAUAUACUAUUAAAAUAAGGUAAAUAUCCAAUUAAGUCUUUUAUAGUCUACAGCUUUCAUGGUAUCUGAUUAAUUAAACACAUUUUUAGAUAAUAAAAAUAUGUCAAGGAAAUCAAAUGAUAAUAGAUACUGACAUGUUAUUGUGCUAUAUUUUGAAAUACAAGCAUUGAAGAAGGAGAACUUUUUAUGAGAAUAUCAGGACAAUUGUUAAGAAAAUAGUAUGCUAACUGUGUGACCAGUGUUGUUAAAGAACAUGCAAAUAUUUUUUUAUCAAAAAGUGUUUUUGAAAAUGUAUCAGUUUCUGAGAAAAAUUGAUAAAUUUUCAGAUGAGUUACAAAUAAUAAACGGAAGGUUUAAAGCCAUACAAUUUGAAAUCAGUAAAUUAUCAUUGAAAUUGUUUCUGUCCAUUUAAAAGUACAUAUUAUCUGUUUAACUGUGAUAUCUUUGUUCUUAAAGUAUGUUUUACUUUAAUAAAAAAAGUUAAAUUUUA